UACCUACCCUUCUCCUCCACCUCACCGUCGCUCGUCGCUCCCAACUCUCACCCCCAACCCCACACAUUCAUUGAUUUCAUUCCUUUGAGUCUUGUCCUGUCUUGUGCUGUCUUGUGACCCAGUGCACACGCACGCACGCACGCAUCCACGUUCUUUUCACUCGAUACAUACAUAACCUUUCGCUCUUUUAGACUUUGGACCCGACAGGAAGACAGACAGAAAUACCAACGACUCCUUGACUACUGAUAACAUCUAUUCGUUCGUGGCCUGGCACACGAUAAAACAAACAGAUCUCGUACGUUCUUUAGACUGGGUUGCGACGCAUCGACUGCAUUUGGAAGGGAAGAGAAUCAGAUUUUGGACGACGAAGAAACAUCUACAGAAAGACUUUGAAGCGACUUAGGAGAGAAGAUUGAAGGAAAUUUUCAAAGCGUACUGGACUACUGCGACACUGGAAAGUCGGAAAUUUGGAUUAUCGCUGUUGGCAAGGAUUGACGGAUCAGGGUGAAUUUUGACGACAUCCAUAUUGGAAGGAAAGACUGUCGGCAACCUUGUGGAUAUCGACGACACGACGACGUCAUUUAAUUCAAUCUUGAUAAGAUUACCGAAUCGGUCUUUCAUUUGAAAAUUCAAAAUCAGGCAGCCUCGUCGCCGACCCCGCUAGCGAGCCACAACAUACAAACCGAUAAAGCGAUAAAUAAUCUCGCGCUGACGACCUCUUUCGAACUUUUUCUCACCACAACAAAAAAAAAUCCUCGAAAAGUUUGAUUAUUCAGUCUUUUCACUCACGCACUCUCUCGAUCUCCACGGUAGAUCGAUCAGUCAUCAAUCAUCAAAUCAUCUAUUCUUCAUUCAAGCAUACGCUUUUAUCCGUUCGAUUGCUCGCUUCGGUCAGUCAAAAUGCGCGGUUCUAGCAACUCUCCGGUCUUGAAGGCCGCCUUGGUUUCAUUCCUUGCUGUUGGUCAGGUCAGUGCUUUCUGGCGCAUGCCAUGUCGCUCGACGACCGGUGUUGCGAGAAUUGAUCCUUUGGUUACGAAUGGUUCGAUUGCUGAGCACGUCCAUGCUAUUCAUGGCUCUGGUGGCUUUGGUAUCUCUGCGGGUUACGAUGCGCUCAUUGGUGCGGACUGUACUAGUUGUGAGGUCUCUCAGGACAAGUCUGUCUACUGGCAUCCAGCUCUCUACUUCCAAGGUGAUGAUGGAAAGUACACUUUGGUUCCACAGGUUGGCGGUAUGCUUGCAUACUACCUCCUCUACCCCAACGCAGGAAACACCUCCCUCUCCGCCUUCCCCGCUGGCUUCGAAAUGAUCGCAGGCGACACCAACCAGCGCAACUUCACCUACCCCGUCCCCGACGUCGAGAAAUCCCUCUGGUUCGGCGAAUUCGCUGAGCAGCCCUUCCUCCGCCAAGCCGCUCUGGGAUUCAACUGUCUCAACUACGGCAAGACCCCCGAAGGUUCCCUCUACCGCCAUUUCCUCCCAGACAAGGCUUACCUCGACGCCAACUGCGUAGAUGGUGUCCGAUUCGAGCUGAUGUUCCCAAGUUGCUGGAAUGGAAAGGAUCGUACCAGCGAGGAUAAGAAGAGCCAUGUUGCGUACCCGAGUCAGGUCAUGACUGGGGAGUGUCCUAAGGGUUUCCCGGAGCGUCUUCCUUCGCUGUUCUAUGAGACUAUUUGGGCUACCAACUCGUUCAAGGGCAAGAAUGGAAAGUUCAUCAUCUCGAACGGUGACCCAACUGGCUACGGCUACCACGGCGACUUCAUGAUGGGCUGGGACCACGACUUCCUCCAAUCGGCCGUCAACCAAUGCACCAACCUCAGCGGCAAAAUCGAAGACUGCCCCCUCUUCCACAUCCAAUCCGAAUCCGAGUUCUCCUCCUGCUCGCUGUCCCUUCCCCCCUCAAUAGCCAAGGAAAACGUCGCCUCGGGCCUGCCCAACAUCCCCGGAAACCCCAUGAUCGCCAACGGCCCAGGCUACGCCGUAGGCGCCACAGCCGGCGGCGCAAUGCCCACCAACAACGGCGGCACGAGUGGCACCGUCGUCCAACCUACACUGAGCUAUGCCCCCGGCGUGAGUCUCGCUUCUAGUGAGACGUACGUCCCUGGUGCGAUCUUUGCGCAGAAAGCUACGCCUUCACCUGCUCCUGCACCUGCUGUGGAGGCUAAACUCGAUUCCGGUUUCUCAGCUGCGGCCGUUGCGGAGCCUGUUGUCGCUCCAACUCCUUCUCCAUCUCCAAGUCCCGUUCAGCCAACUACACUGAUCACCACCCCUGCUCCCGCUCCGCUCGUUACGCCUGCUGUCGAUCCGUCGUUUACGGCUGAUGGCGCGGUGUUUACGACUGAGUAUAAGACUAGUAGUGGGCCGAAUGGCGUUGUUGUCGAGGAGUUGAUUUGGGUGUUGGAUGUUGUUACCGUUGGGCCGGAGGCUACUCCUGGUGCUGGUGCAGGUGCGGAGAAGAAGAGACAUUUGCAUAAGCAUCGUCGGGGUGGAAGAUUCUUAUUCUAAGAUUCUAUUCUGAUUUCCUGCUCUGCUCUGCUUUGUGCUGAACUGGGCUUGGGCCUUGAGUCUAAAGUGGAUGAGAGGGAGAGAGAGAGAGAGAGAGAGAUGGUGGAUGAUGAUACCCUGGCAUUUUUGAUUUGAGUUGAAUUGUUUUGAGUUGUUGACUUUUUGCAUUCUUGCAUUUUUGCAUUUGAGGGUUCUCGCUGGCUUUGAGACGCGACGAUGGAGUGAGUGAGUGAGUGGUUGGCAUGCGGCCGGGUAUGGGCACCUUUUUUUUUCUGCUUUCUAGUUUUCUGAUUGAGAGAUGGAUGGAUGGACGCAGGUGGAUAUGCAUGGAUGAGAUUGCGCCUGCCGCUUCUGGAAGUGGGUUUGGUUGCCUCGAACCUAGGUACAUAAGGGAGGAGGGGUAGGAUGGAUGGGUGGGUAGGAUGGAUGGGUGGCAGGUAUACAGCAUAUGCAUCGCAUCGCAUCGUAAGGCGUAGAAAAAUGCACGGAAUGAAAUAUUGAUAUUCUCGAAACUGAAAAAAU